UAGAAGCCAGCGGCGCGCCUCCCUCUCCAGUGUUACGUUUCUUUGGAAGAACUGCUCCGACCGGACUUUCCUCUCCAAGUUGGCCAGGAAGACCAGAAAGUCAGUCUUGGUUGGGACGACUUCUCCGCGCACGCCGACGCCGACGCCGAAACCCUCCCUGCGCGUUCCGGGGCGCAAAGUUCCGCGGCUGCCGUCUGUUUUUUUUAAGCGUAAUCGGACCUUUCCACAGUUCUACUCGAGAUGUCUUACAACACCAACCAGAAGACGACCACCCGGACCUACAGGACGGUGAACGUGGCCCCCCAGGAGCAGGUGACCACGGCGGUGGCCCCCCUCUCCCCCGUGACGCAGGUGUCCGCGGUGCCGUACGCCAUGAACGGCUCGUACGAGACGAUGCGCUACCUGAUGCCGGUGCAGCAGGCCGCGCAGCAGCCCUCCCUCGUCCUCAUGCAGCAGCCCAUGAUGCAGCAGCCCAUGAUCACGCAGUCCAUGAUCCAGCAGCCCAUGAUGCAGCAGAUGAUGUACGUGCAGACCCUGCCGCGCGUCAGCAUCGGGAGCCAGGGCUCCGAGGUGCUGUACCACAUGCAGAACGCGGUGGAGAGUGUCAGUGAGAAAUCCUCCUCAGUGUUCAGCCAGUCUUCCAGUCCCAUGAAGAGUCCCGUGCCCGCUUUCGAGGAGGAGGAAGAAGUGGAAGAAGAAGUGGAAGAAGAAGAGGAAGAGGUGGAUGGAGAAGUGGAGAUUGAAGAGGUGGAGAUAGUUAACGUCAUACAGCAAAAGCCGUCACAAACGUUUGAGAGGGUGGUGGAGAUAGAGAACCAUCGGCGGGAUCUGCACGAUGUGACUAAAAUGGACACGCGUUACUUUGGCGAGCUGCUGGCCGACGUCUACAGGAAGAACUGCGACAUCCACUCCUGCAUCUCCGAGCACGUGUCCAGGAUCCGUGGACAGAAACACCUACUGGAUAGCAACAAUGACUACAAGGUGGAAAAAGAAGAUGUGGAGGGCUUGAUUCCGAAAGGAGCUUCCGAACUGACAAAACAACAAAUACGCUAUCUGCUACAGACUCGCCUCACUGCGGAUAAGAGCAUGCGGCUCCUGCUCUCCACCUUCCACAGCCUGAGGGAGGAGCUCCUGCAGAUGUCUGAGGACCUGCGGCGCCUGGAGAGUGACAAGGAGUCCCUGGAGAGGGAUUUAACUUUCAAAGCGGACCAGGCAAAGCAGUAUGACAGCCUCCUGGAGGCGGUCAGGGACAACAACAGGCAGCUGCAGUUGUCUCUGAAGGAGGCCGUUUCUACCCAGCGUUCUCUGGAGAACCAGCUACUGAGUGGACGGAACACCGACUCCAAACGCGAGUUCAAGAUCAAGGAACUGGAGGGACGGAUGAGAGCAAUGGAGAAGGAGAAUGAAAUGCUUCGACAGAAGCUGUCUGGCCAGAGCAGUAGCACCACCCUGCACAUAAAAACAGAGGAGCUGUCCCGCCAGUACAACGAGCAGCUCAACGCCAUGCAGCAGGAGAAAGACCAGGAGAUCCAGAGGCUGCGGUCCCAGAUAAUCAAGAUUCAGAGUGAGGUCAGCAUCACAAAGACCUCCUCCGCUGAGAAGAGUCUUCAGCUGAAGAUCUCCGAGCUGCUUUCCACGUUGGAAAAGAGGCAGACCACCAUCACGCGACAGGAAGAGGAGAUCAGGAGGCUGAUGACGGAGAGGAGCGACAGCUCCAAAAACGUCACCAAGACCAUCAUCACCAAGAGGUACAGAAACCAGUAUCCCAUCCUCGGCCUGCUGGGCGAUGACUACCAGGCCACUUCACCGGUUAAAGAAGCGAAGACCAUUGUCAUCGAGAGAACCGGAGAGAUCAUCAAACAGGAAAUCAUUACAACCCCCUAAAAGACACUGCUUCUCUCUGACAGGACGAGUAAAAAGCAAGAAGACCCUGA